AUGCUCGACGGAAGCCGAUCCUCGGAUCUGCCGCUUGGCUCGCCCUCGGACUCACUCCGGCGGCCUCCCUCAUCGGUGGGGUGCUCCGAGUCCACAGCGAGCACCACGCCGACCCAACCCUUCGACACUAUCAGACGAGAGCCCCUUGGCCUGCGCGACCCGCUGCAUGGCCCAGCACGGCAGUCCAUUUCGGAUCGCUCUUCGAUUUUCAUCCGGACAUGCGCAGGCUGCCAAGAGCCCAUCUAUGACUGGUCCAGUGCAUUCGAGAUCAAUGUGGCCAACAAAUGCCACAUUAUGGUGGGCAAGUGCUUCCACUCCCAAUGCUUCAGAUGCCACACCUGCAAGCUCCUGUUCGACAACAACAAUCCAUGGAUCCCCUUCAACAACGAAGUGUAUUGCGAGACUCACUAUCAUCAAGUGCAGCCCAACUCGUGCUAUUCCUGCAAGCUGAACAUCGCCGACAACCCCGCACAUGCCCUUGGCAAGCUCUGGCAUCGCGAGCACCUCCAGUGCGAGGUCUGCCAGAUCCCUGUUCCGGACGAGCAUUACGAACUCCAGGGCAAGGUCUACUGCGCAUCUGACUAUGAUCGAAUCACCGCCGACAGAUGCAAAAAGUGUACCGAGAUCAUCUACGGCGAAAUCGCAUAUGCGAUGGGAUCCAAGUUUCAUCUGCGGUGCUUUGUGUGCAACGCCUGCCAGCUCCCGUUCCGGGGACAGAAGUAUUUUGUCUGGAACUCGGAGCCACACUGCAAAUCAUGCUACUAUCGAGCCAUCGGUUGCAUUUGCAGCAAAUGCGAGAAGCCCAUUGAAGACACAUGCGUCGAAAUCCCAAAACUCUCAAAGCUGUAUCAUACCCACUGCUUCACUUGCGACACAUGCCACAUUCCUCUCUCGGGAGGGUACUACUCCUUCAACGGCAAAUCGUACUGCGACCGCGACAUUCAGGAAGCCUACUUGCGGGCCAAGCGAGGGUGCUCAGAGCCGAUCUUGAAAAAGCUGUCGCUCGACCAGGAGCGACGCCACCUGCGGUCGAGCACGCCGAAUCCGGGCUUUUACUGA